AUGGCCUCCAGUUCAGAAAUGGAGGUGCAUAAGCUCAGGUCAAUGAUUCCAAAAAGAAAUCCCAAACCUGUGCUAACUGAAAGAAAACAAGCUGGAAAAAGAUCUAAUGCAAUAUUUGAAGCGAUUACUGGACAACAGUCACCCGAGAAAGGAGACCUACUGGACAAAGAAGAGAAAAGUCCUGAUGCUGAUCGUCCUAAUAUGAAACUGAGGAUUGUGCUGCUAAGUACAACUGGAGCAGCAGGAAACUCCAUCUUAAAAAGAAAAGCAUUAACAUCUAAAUUCAUCAGAAGACGCAUUACUGUGAUCGGCACUAUGUGUCGGUGUGACACUGAACAUGAAAUGAGAGUGGAGCUCCUACAUCGUACACUCAUUCUGGGGAAGACUGAUGCUGAAGAGAAGUUAAAAUCUGAGUGUAAUAUAAUCUCUGUAAGGAAUCCGUCUGAGACUGACAGAUCAACUGCUGAAGGAAGAAAUGUGUCUGUUAUUGAUACUCCUCGAUCAACUGAUCCAGCUGUCAAACCAGAUUUAGCACAAGAAAUGACGAGAGUUUUUCGACUCUGUAGUCCAGGGCCUCAUGCCGUCCUGUUUGUGGUAUCACUAUCAGACAGUUUCACAGAAGAAGAUGAAGCUAUGAUCAAAUGUGUAGAAAAGUUUUAUGGGAAAGACAUGGCAGACUACACAAUCCUUGUGUUGACCCACAGUGAUCCGGAAGAGGUUGAAGAGUUUAUCAGACAGGACAAAGACCUCAACAGACUAAGAGAACCAGAAGAACAGCAAAAAGAAAAGACAAGUGAUCAUGUCAGUCAUUCAACACCCUCUGAACAGGACGAUAGCAAUUCUGCCAAUCUAAUGUCUGAAGAGGAAAAUGGUGGAGCCUCUCUGUAUCAUAAAGAUACUGCCAGUUUGGAUGAUUUUAAUGAAGAUUCAGGGCCAUCUGUUGCUGUUUCCAUUGAUCUAUCCCUGGAGGACUCAGAGAUUCAGUUUGGAAUUGUUCAUGAUCAUUAUAACUCUUCCCUGGACUACAGAAGAAGGUGGGGGUCCUAGACAGGUAGUUAUAUUGAUAAUAAAUAUAAAGAAAAACUUUAAAGGAAUGGUUUAACCAAAAUCUGUAGAGCACAAUCUUAGUUCAAUCUUGGCUCAAUCUUGGUUCAAUCUUCGUUCAA